GCGGGCGGUGUGAAAGUUCUGUGCGUGUCAUUCGGGGGGGGGAAGAGCAGGAACGGUAUUUUCGCGAGUCCACGUGGUUUGCCGCGCGUGGCAUCGCGAGCGGAAGUCGGCGGGAGUGUCCGCUCGGCGCGCAUUGUGAAAGUCUUCUGCGCGCUAUUCGCGCGCGGCGAAGAAGGGGAGGAGCGGUCUGCGUUCGUGGCAGCUAGCGAAAGUGCCACCCAUCGUCGUGUCAGCCACGUCAUCCGCACAGCGCUCGGAUCUGUCGGACUCGGCGCGCAGCGCACGUAGGAAGAGAACAGCACACGUGUGAAGAGAGGGAGGGAGGGAGGGAUUCUUUGCUUGCGCCCUUAACUGCAACUUCGUUCGUCUGUAGGAAGGGGAGGGAGGACUAGGAGAGGGAGGGAGACUAGGAGAGCGUGCCCAAGCAGCGGAACGUUCUUUGCGCAUCCCUUCUUGCGCUUAUUCGGGCGGAUUGAGGGGUUUAUCUCGUUGAGUGAGGUCUUGAAGAACAGGCAACCAUGGCGACCGCUUCAGCGGCGUUCAAGUCCCGGGAGGACCACCGGAAGCAGAUGGAAUUGGAGGAGGCCCGAAAAGCGGGUCUCGCUCCGGCCGAAGUCGAUGAGGAUGGAAAAGAAAUCAAUCCUCAUAUUCCACAGUACAUGUCAUCAGCUCCAUGGUACCUGAACUCCGCUAGACCGAGUUUGAAGCAUCAACGGAAAUGGAAGUCCGAUCCCAAUUACACAAGGGACUGGUACGACAGAGGUGCCAAGGUUAUGCAGGCUGAGCAGUUCCGAAAGGGCGCCUGCACAAACUGCGGAGCUAUGACGCACGAUGCGAAGCUGUGUAUGGAACGGCCGCGAAAGCUGGGCGCAAAAUGGACCAGCAUGCAUAUUGCUCCAGACGAGAAGAUAGAAUCUUUUGAGCUGGAUUACGACGGCAAGAGGGAUCGAUGGAACGGGUACGAUCCGUCGACCUACAGCCGCGUGAUCGACACCUUUCAGAAGCGGGAUGAGGCGAGGCGGAAGUUUGUGAAAGAGCAGGAGCUGAAGAAGAAGUUCUCAUUGACGAGCAGCGAGUCGGACAAAGGAGGAGAGGAUAAAGAUAAAAAUUCCGGGGAGGAAGACGACGACGAAAGCAGUGAGGAUGAAGUGGAGGUACAAGAUGAGGCAAAGGUUGAUGAGAGCAAGCAGAUGGACUUUGCGAAAGUCGAGAAGCGUGUUCGUACCACCGGUGGUGGCAGCACCGGGACAGUCAGAAAUUUGCGUAUUCGAGAAGACACAGCGAAGUACCUAAUCAACUUGGACGUCAACUCUGCACAUUAUGACCCGAAGACAAGAUCUAUGCGUGAAGAUCCCAAUCCCGAAAGGGAUCCCAAUGAGAAGUUCUAUGCGGGAGACAAUGCGUAUAGAAAUAAUGGGCAGGCUUUGGAGUUCAAGCACCUGAAUGUUCAUGUGUGGGAGGCGUAUGAGAAGGGGCAGGACAUCCAUCUGCAGUCUGCACCUUCGCAGGCCGAGCUUCUGUAUAGGGAGUUCCUGGUAAAGAAGGAGAAAAUGAAAGGACAGGUCAACAAAUCGAUCAUGGAGAAGUAUGGAAAUGCAGCAUCGCCGGAGAUCCCGGACAAUGCAUUGCUCUUGGGGCAGACGGAGCGUGUUGUGGAGUACGACAGAGCAGGACGCGUCAUCAAGGGACUGGACAAGACCAUUCCGAAGAGCAAGUACGAGGAGGAUGUCUUUGUCAACAAUCACAGGAGCAUAUGGGGUUCGUGGUGGAAAGACGGCAUGUGGGGGUACAAGUGUUGCAGAUCGACUAUGCGGAACAGUUACUGUACUGGGCAAGCAGGUAUCGAUGCGUCUGAAGCAGCGGCGCAACUCAUGCAGACGAACAUUGAGCGGAAGGAGUCGGCGGCGGCCAGCGAGAAGGCGCUAGCGAUGCGGGAAGAGAAGAACCUCGCCGUAUGGGGAUCUCAAACACCGGAUGAUGUCGUACUCGACAAGAAGAGGUUGAAGCAGUCGCUGAAGAGAGAAGAUGAAAGGAUGAAGGAGGAGAAGGAUGAGCGGAAAAGGCGGUACAACUCGCUGCAUGUUAACGAUACGGUUACGGCGGAAGACAUGGAGGCGUACCGAAUAAAGAGAAUCCAUUCGGAAGACCCCAUGAAAGAUUUCAUCGGGAAGGAACUGGUGGAAGUCUGAUCGUGAAGAGAACCAACCCAUUUGUAGUAAUCUCGACUUGCCGAUGCACAGUGCACACGCUUCAUCUGCAAGGUUUGGUGUUUGGAAGGGGGGAGAGGGGGUUGUGUAUGUUUGUCUUCUUUCUCUCUCUUUUUUUUUUUUUUUUUUGGAUCUGCUCUGUAGGCGGAUUGCAACGGUAAGAGCACAGGCAAGGUGGUGGUUUGAAAAUGUCGAACGUUGACAGAUGCGUAGUGUUUUGUGAGCUGUUUGUUUCUAUUUCAAUCUUCUGGGGAGAAGAACUUUGAUUGGACUGUGAGAAGGGGACAGGCGCGCAGACAGUGUGAACGGGGCUGCAAGCCUCCACCCAUCCAGUUGCAUGGGUGGGGGGGCGGGUGGGUGGGGGUCAGUCUUUAUUUGGAUGAGAGACCAGAUGGGUGUGAUUGUUGCGUCUCUGCUUCGGGAAGGUACAGAGAGUGUGGGACGGGUGCUGCACUGAUCCACCCAGCCCACUUACAUGGGUCGGUGGGUAGGUGGGUGGGCGGGUUACCGGGUGCAUUGACGAGAUAGAGGUUGGCUGAGUUGGUCUUUGUUUGAAUGAGAUCAGCAUGCUUGCAAUUGCGUCGUCUCUGCUUCGGGAAUGACACCGACAGUGCGGAACGUGUGCUGCACCCUUUCACCCAUCCAGUUGCAUGGGUGGUUGGGUUGGGUGGGUAGGUGAGCGAGUGGGCUUGUUAAUGAACGAGAGAUUGGUUGUGUUAGUUUUUGUUUGAGUGCGAUCAGCAGGCUUGCGGUUGUGUUGCCUCUGCUUUGGGAAGGACGGAGGACACAGUGACGAAGAGGAGGGCUCGAUGGAACAAGCAGCGAGCCCGUGAGCGGAGCGUUGUACAUUCCUCUUUUGGUAGGUUUUCAUUUGCCAUUCCGAUUCUUUUGAUGAGAUUUUCCUUUUCCAGUUCCGUCCAAUUCGAUGUAGUAGUAAUAAAAAGGUUUGAGUCUCCCCCCCCCCUUUCCCCCCCCCCGCGUCCGAUUAUUUGAUGCCAGAGUGAAGACGUGUAUUUGGAAUGAUUUGGGAGCACCUGCUCCUGUUCCUUCUCCCGGUGGAGCCGGCUUCUAAAUAAGAAGUACAUCUCCUUUUGCUUAGCAAGCGUACAGUUUGUUGACGAUUUGUUAGCUGUCACCGUUGGUUGCCUCUUUUUUCCCUAAACAGGAAUUAUGGACGUCAUCAACGUGUGCGUGAGGACGUAGAUGCAGGUACCGAUUGAUCUCUGGGGAGACGGUUUUUCUCUGGUUGUUCUGUUUUAAGUUUUAACUUUUAAGUUUUAAAUGUACAGUAAAUAUAUUGAGUCGUG